AUGGAGGUUGUCGCGACCCAAGACUCUGUCAACCACAUGGCAACACAGCUGGCACGGGAGUAUCGUGCUCUCUGGGACGGUCUGUUCUCCAGGCAGAUUGACACGGACUCGUUCCAGAUUGGGGCAAAGAAAUUGAAGGACAACAGGUUCUCUCUUGAGGGCCACACUUUCGAGACGGCUGAGGUUGGACACUCGGAUACCGACGAAACAACAUUCCUGCAUUCUCCAUUGCAGAGUUGGGGGGGUGCUUGGCUUGUUACUCUCACUUUGCUCGAAUCUUAUAACCCGGCUAUCGUCGUUGCUUCACCCCACAGUCCUGGGGCUAUGGAUGGAGCCUUCAGUAUCGGUGCUUCGAAGGAGUACACCUCUACCUUCAGCCAGCUGGUGCAAGAGUUGACUAGUGCUAAAGAGCUGUAUGAUUGA